AGAGCAGAGCCCCAUCAUCAAACAAUUUCAAACAAACUAAAAGAACAAAAAGAUAAAAACUUUGAUCAUGGUUGGUGCGACAAAGCCAAGCCGGAGCGACGAGGUGUUGGAAGCUGAUGAGCAGCUCAAGAUCGCCAACCAGAUCAGAGCUCAGUUCGACUCUGCAGCCCCAAAGCGACCCAUCAAGCCAAAUAGAAGCGAGCCCGAUUCUUCAUCAUCAUCAUCAUCAACACCAAACCCAGUUGACUAUUCCAUCUUUGACCAACCCAACAUUCCAGAGCUCGACAAGUUUCGUUCUCUCCAAUCUCAAUCCCCUGUUAUACUCUCAUCAGCAGAGGGAGCUACCACAGUACAAGAUGAGUUUGUGGACACACAGUACUACAAGGAACUCAAUUCCAUUGACAAACAACAUCACAUGACUGGAAGUGGGUUUAUAAAGGUUGUAAGAGAAGGGGGAAGUGACUUUGAUCUUCAGCUGGCUGAGAGCCAUGAUGAUGUCAUAGUGGGAUUGAUGAAGAUCAGAAGCAACCCUGCAACAAAUGACUGGGUUCCCAGGACUGAUGAAGAUGAGGUCUUUGUUAACUCCUCAAAGCCAAAUCGGAGUGAGAGCUCUUAUUAGAUCUCUGCAUUGAGAAGGAGAAGGCUUGGAACUUUUAAAUUCAUGAAAAAAUUUCCUUUGAAAUUCAAUUCAAGCACUGACUUUGGGACUGGUUU